AUCAAAGUGGUGCUUGGUGAAGAGAGAGAUGAGAGGCGCAUUACCAAACUCUUACCAUUCUUACACUUUCUUCCUGUUCAUUGUCUUAGCUCUGUUUCGUCAUGUGUUCUCGACCAAUACUUUGUCAUCUACAGAAACUCUGACAAUCUCGAGCAACCGAACCAUUGUCUCUCCCGGUGAUGUCUUCGAACUUGGUUUCUUUAAGACCACUACGAGCUCUCGAAAUGGUGAUCGUUGGUAUCUUGGGAUUUGGUACAAGUCAACCUCUGAUAGAGCUUAUGUGUGGGUUGCCAACAGAGACAGUCCUCUUUCUAAAUCCACUGGAACAUUAAAGAUCUCUUAUGCUAACCUCGUCCUCCUUGAUCAUUCUAAUACUCCUGUCUGGUCAACGAAUCUGAAGAGAACGGCGAAAUCUCCAGUGGUGGCAGAGCUUCUCGCUAACGGCAACUUCGUUCUUAGAGACUCCAAAAGAAACGUUCGAAAUCGAUUCUUGUGGCAAAGCUUUGAUUUUCCUGUGAAUACUUUGCUCCCGGAGAUGAAAAUUGGUAGGAAUCUCAAAACAGGACACAAGAGUUUCCUCAGUUCUUGGAGAAGCCCUCAUGAUCCCUCGAGCGGAGACUUCGCUUUCAAACUCGAUACUCAAGGGCUACCUGAGUUUUAUCUUUACAGGAAUGAGUUUCUACUGUUCCGAUCCGGUUCGUGGGAUGGAGUCCGGUUUAGUGGCAUGCCGACGAUGCAAAAAUGGAGCUACUUUGGCGUUGUUAACAACUUCAUAGAGAACAGAGAGGAAGUUGCUUACAGUUUCAAAGUCACGAACCAAAGCCUCCACUCAAGAUUUACAUUGACUUCCGAAGGGUUAUUACAGAUGUUCCAAUGGGAUUCGACAUCAUUGGUAUGGAAUUUGAUUUGGAUUUUAGCCUACGAGGAAUGCGAUCUGUACCAAAUAUGUGGUCCUUACAGUUAUUGUGACAUGAAAACGUCACCGACGUGUAAUUGUAUCAAAGGCUUCGUUCCAAAGAAUGUGACGGCUUCGGCUCUAGGAGAUAUAUCCCAUGGUUGUGUGAGGAAGUCACGACUGAACUGCCACGGGAAUGUUUUUUUCUUGGUGAAGAGGAUGAAGCUGCCGGAUACAAGCACAGCAAUUGUGGACAAUAGAAUUGGGUUGCAUGAAUGUGAGGAGAGGUGUUCUCAGAAUUGUAACUGUACCGGGUUUGCGAAUAAGGAUAUCCGUAAUGGUGGGUCGGGUUGUGUGAUUUGGAAGAGAGCUCCGAGAUAUGAGGAAUUAUGGCACUGGAGGUCAAGAUCUUUAUGUCAAAGUAGGCCUCUAUGAUUAGACAUGAAUACUGGAUAUCCAUAUCCACUAAAAAAAUAUUUAAGAAUAAUAAUACAAAAUUGGGUAAAGUAUUAUAUCCAACUUCGAAAAGUCCAUAUCCAACUAGAAUUUCUUAUCGGAUUAGAUCAAACACUUAUACAUCAACACGAGUGAGUGAGUAUUAGAUUUUGGGCAAGCACGAAGAUAACAACAUUUUCUUUCUUCUUCAUAUAUUAUUACAAAUCAACGUA